AUGAGUGAAGAAGAAGCGCAUAAAACAGUGGAGGUGGAUGACGUCGGGGUUCAAUUGGAUGAGGGCGAUGAAGAAGACCUUUUGGAGUAUGAUGAUGAACUCGUGGAGGAACAACCAUCGGACGCCCGUAUACGCAACGUGGCAGAGACUUUAAUGAAAAGCGAAUUGCCCAAAGUCACCGUGGAAUAUAAAGAUACUACAUUUCUGUUGUUCACGUCGGAUGAUAAGAACGAAAGUAACAACCCCAUAAUAUGUGAAAACGCUGCUCUUUAUCAGCGACCCAUGGGGGAAUUCAUGGAAUCCAUUCGUAAAUUUAUGGGAAAUCGUUUUGGCAGGUUGGCUUUUGCUACGAAGGAGUUGGUUUUACAACUGAAAAGCCUCGAUUUGACCUUGUUCGAAGAUAAUGUCUACAACAACCAUAUUUCAUUCAGCGAUGUUUAUACUAUAUUUAAAAUCCUGAAGGAAAGAUCGGAGUCUAAUUUUGAAACUGAUAUACCGACGCACUUGGCUAUUGAAUUAAGUACAAGGCCAAGAUUUGUCUCUCGGUACAACGCCUUGGUUGAAUUAACUGAAAGCUCAGCUACGUUGAAAAACAUAAAGCCAUUUUCUAACGAUGAAACGCAUCCCUUAAUUGUGGAUGACAAUGACCAAUAUACACACCAGAAUACUUCAGAAGUCAUUGUAAUGGACAUAGAUGAUGACGUAGGUGAGGAUUCUGAAGACUAA